AGCUAAGCAGAGCAGCUAAGCCAAGAGAAAGGGACGUCUUCCUCGUCUGCCGGGAUGGAACAAACCCGGCUGCUUAGAGAGCGCUGAGAACCCCAAGGGUCCCUCACAGCCCUUAGCAGCCAACAUGACAUGACUGCUCUUGGUCCCGCGCGCUCCCCGCUCUUUCCAGACACCCCCACCCUUUCCGGGUGCGCGCGCAAGAGUGGGCCAGCUUCCCCUAGCUGUGCGCUCCGCAGCCUGCGGGUGGCAGCGGCGUUGGCGACUGGCUCUCAGGGAAGAGGGUGACCAAGGGACCGCGAAGGAGGAGUCGGCGCCGCAGCCGCUCCCCUUGGGACCGCGCCCCGCCUUCCGUCGCCACCUGAGCAUCCCCUCUUGGCUCCCAGCUGCUCUGGUCUAUCCCACCAUUCCCUCUGGGGGACCGUGUGUACUCUUAGUGCCGCAGCCGCGGUGUCAUUGCAUCCGGUGAUCGGGACACUCGGAUCUUGGUUCCCUUGGGGGCUUGGGACGAGCUGCACGGGCCGUGGUGACAGGCUGCGGGGGCGCCAGCGCGCAUCCCUCCCCCGCGACAUUUAGAAAGGCGUGUAGACAACUGGUGUGACUUUGGAGGUCCGACUCCUCCUUCCGGCCAGCCUCGCAACGCGCCACCUCCCGAGACAAGCCAGUGUGUCCGGCAGGCCCCGGAGGCUCGUGUAGGGACUUGGAACGUGUCCGGGAACCCGUGGCGCUGUGCGCACUGGUGAGUUUUGCGGGCGGGGUGGGGGCGGAGAGGACGUCGCGCUGGGUCCCUGCUCCCGCCCCUUUCCUGCUGUUCCCCCCCCCCCCCUCCACUUUGAGAGAGUCAUUGAGAUUUGAGCGUGACUGCGGAGCCUGGAGGAUGCAGGCACGGGGCGCGGGGUUUUCCUCUUCCCGGAGUGAUGGAGAGAGCCGGUGAGCUGAACAAAGACACCCGCCCUGAGGAGCGGGUCCUUUGCUGAAGAACUCUAUUUUCCCCCUGCGACGGCCGCCUGCGGGCGAGAGUGUCGGCCGCGCAACUCCAGGAGUGGCGCGCUCUUCCGCCGGCGGGCGCAGAGCUGGAGCCGGGCACCUGCGCGCCACUCCCGCCACAUCCCCGGAGCAUUCCGACUACCACAGGAUUGUUCCUGAAGGUCCACGUCUGCGGAGGAGGUCCAAAGUCUAAGGGCAACCUGUUUGCUGUUCAACAGGGAAAGACCCUGGGACCUUUAUCUUUUGCUGUCUCGUAGAAGGGACUGCGUGCUGUGGACGGAGCAGGCGUUUCAGAGACACUUUUGCAAGCCAGGGGGCUUCCAUGUGAGUGAUCAGCCGCGUCCUUCCAGUGGUCACUGUCGCCAGAGAAUCGGCGUUUUGUGGUCAACAGCAGCUGGGACCCCCCAGCCCUUUGCCCCCUCCCCCGGCCAUUGUUCGGUGUGUGGGGUCUACGCUGUCUCAGGCUGCCCUGCGCCUCGCAGGUGAGGCUGGUAGAGGCGUGGGUCCAGGGAAAGGACCGGCCGUGUUGUUUGAUGGCUUCACUGAGGAGAGUCAAAGUGUUGUUGGUGUUGAACUUGAUCGCGGUGGCCGGCUUCGUGAUCUUUUUGGCUAAGUGUCGGCCUAUCGCGGUGCGCAGCGGAGAAGCCUUCCACGAGAUUCGGCCUCGCGCAGAGGUGGCCAACCUCAGCGCGCACAGCGCCAGCCCCAUCCAGGAUGCGGUCCUGAAGCGCUUGUCGCUGCUGGAGGACAUCGUCUACAGGCAGCUUAAUGGCUUAUCUAAAUCCCUUGGGCUCAUCGAAGGGUAUGGUGGGAGGGGCAAAGGAGGCCUUCCUGCCACCCUUUCCCCCUCUGAAGAAGAAAAAGCCAAAGGACCUCAUGAGAAAUAUGGCUACAAUUCCUACCUCAGUGAAAAGAUCUCCUUGGACCGGUCUAUUCCAGAUUAUCGUCCUACCAAGUGUAAGGAGCUCAAAUAUUCCAAGGAAUUGCCCCAGAUAUCCAUCAUCUUCAUCUUCGUGAAUGAGGCCCUGUCUGUGAUACUUCGGUCAGUCCACAGCGCUGUCAAUCACACACCCACACACCUGCUGAAGGAGAUCAUCCUGGUGGAUGACAACAGUGAUGAAGAGGAGCUGAAGGCCCCCUUGGAAGAGUACGUCCACAAACGCUACCCUGGGCUGGUGAAGGUGGUACGCAAUCAAAAGCGAGAAGGCCUGAUUCGAGCACGCAUCGAGGGCUGGAAAGCGGCCACUGGCCAGGUCACUGGCUUUUUCGAUGCUCACGUGGAAUUCACUGCUGGCUGGGCUGAGCCCGUUCUGUCCCGCAUCCAGGAAAACCGGAAGCGGGUCAUCCUCCCCUCCAUCGAUAACAUCAAGCAGGACAACUUCGAAGUGCAGCGCUACGAGAACUCCGCCCAUGGGUACAGCUGGGAGCUGUGGUGCAUGUACAUCAGCCCCCCGAAAGACUGGUGGGACGCAGGAGAUCCCUCUCUCCCCAUCAGAACACCAGCCAUGAUUGGCUGCUCAUUUGUGGUCAACAGGAAAUUCUUUGGUGAAAUUGGUCUGCUGGACCCUGGAAUGGAUGUGUACGGAGGAGAGAAUAUUGAGCUUGGAAUCAAGGUAUGGCUCUGUGGUGGCAGCAUGGAGGUCCUUCCAUGUUCAAGGGUGGCCCACAUUGAGCGGAAGAAGAAACCGUAUAACAGUAACAUCGGCUUCUACACCAAGAGGAAUGCACUGCGAGUAGCCGAGGUCUGGAUGGACGACUACAAGUCACAUGUGUACAUAGCGUGGAAUCUGCCUCUGGAGAAUCCAGGCAUCGAUAUCGGUGACGUCUCAGAAAGAAAAGCAUUAAGGAAAAGUUUGAAAUGUAAGAAUUUCCAGUGGUAUUUGGACCAUGUUUACCCAGAAAUGAGAAGAUACAACAACACUAUCGCCUAUGGGGAGCUUCGUAAUAAUAAGGCCAAGGAUGUCUGUCUGGACCAGGGGCCACUGGAAAACCACACAGCAAUACUGUACCCAUGCCACGGUUGGGGACCACAGCUCGCCCGCUACACCAAGGAAGGCUUCCUGCACUUAGGUGCUCUGGGGACCACCACUCUCCUCCCUGAUACCCGCUGCCUGGUGGAUAACUCCAAGAGUCGGUUGCCGCAGCUCCUGGAUUGUGACAAGGUCAAGAGCAGCUUGUACAAGCGUUGGAACUUCAUCCAGAAUGGAGCCAUCAUGAAUAAGGGCACAGGGCGCUGCCUAGAGGUGGAGAACCGGGGCCUGGCCGGCAUCGACCUAAUUCUUCGAAGCUGUACGGGACAGAGAUGGGCAAUCAAGAAUCCCAUCAAGUAGAUGAACAGAAGGAGGGCACAUGGAGCCCAGACCCAGGGCAGGGCCUGGCCAUCCUCAGAAGCAGCCACAUGGUGGAGAGACAGCAGGCACCCGGAGGAUGCUCUGUGGACCUCUCAGGGCUCCUCCAGAGCAGCCCUGGAUAAAGAUGUUAUGUCCCCUCAGGCAUUCUGCCUGUGUACUUUGAAGAUCUUCCCCUUAUUCUCAUCUGGGGACCAGGGGCUACAACUUCUGGGUACUAAUGGGUGAGGCUGCUCAUAUCUCUCCACGGUAUCAUCUCCCACCCCAGCAUCAGCAG